GUUUAACAUGACGUUCGGUCUCCUGUGUAUCUAUACUUCGUGCGCUUGAAUGACCAGGGAAAGCGCACUUUAGGAUUUUGGCAAUAAAACGUCAGUCGCAGUCAAAGGCCUAGUGCGUUUAGUUGGUUUAGUCUCUUCUCUAAUAGCAAAAAAAAACAAAGAUCUUGUUCUCUUCAAUGAAUCUAACUCAUCAACUUAAUCCACAAUCCCCAUUCUCGGUUAUGUUCGACAGUGAGUGAUACGCUUGCGAACUUGUGUGCUUGUUUGCAUUGUUCAAUUCAACCUUUGCCUGCACGCACUUGCAAUGUCCGUGUGGAGGCACUUCAACAAGAUCGACGUUAUCUCCGCGAAAGAUGACUGCUUCCACGACCUCAUCGAGGAGUGCAAACACCUGAAGCCCGGCUCUAGACUCUCCUAUAAUCUACGCAAUAAGCUGGAAAAGUUCAGUGUUGAAUGUCGUCGCGAGAUCGUCAAUCGCACCAAGUCAAACUGCGCGCCUCUCUUCAUUGCAUGCAAGGCCGGGCAAUUGGAAAUCGUCGAAUACCUGGUGAAGGUGUGCCACGCCGAUAUCGAGCAGCAGGGUGUCUACGAGGUGCCCGAGUAUGACAGGUCGACGCAUGUCGUGACCCCGCUGUGGUGCUCUGCAGUGUCUGGUAAACUACCGAUCGUCAAGUUUCUCCUGCAACAGGGUGCAUGCAUCAAUGCCAUCUCAGACACAGGCUCUACUCCAGUUCGAUCAGCAUGCUUCAUGUCCCAUCUGGAUAUUGUGCAGUAUCUGGUUGAAAAUGGUGCGGACAUCAAUAGAUCCAAUUUUAAUGGAGGCACCUGCUUGAUUAAUUCUGUACAGAGUGUAGAACUGUGUCAGUUUCUCAUUAAACAUGGUGCAGAUGUGAAUGCACAGGACAUUCAAAGCAAAACAGCUUUACAUUAUGCUAUUCAAGAACACAGAAUCGAAACAACGAAAUUAUUGUUAGAGAAUGGCGCCGAUUAUCUUGCGAAGUCAAAAUGUGGUGAUGAUGCGUUACAGACUGCUUGCCUAAAGGGUGCGCUGGCAAUAUUUGAAUAUCUAACCAAAACUAUCCCGUAUUCAGAGGAGCGACUCGCUAAUGCCCACGAAUUAAUCGGAAGUACUUUUCUCGAUGAACAAAAUGACACAUUCACCGCCAUUGAGCAUUGGCGUGCAGCGCAGACAAUCCGUGAACGCGCAGGUAAAUUAAUCCCACAUAUAACCAAUUAUAACCUAAAAUUUACGUUUAUUAUAGGUUUAUUACCAAAACAACCAGUCGUUCCUCCCCGUGCAGCUUUUCGUUAUCAAGUCGAAUAUUCAACAAUGGCGGAACUUGAUAAUUGGACAGACGUUGACUUCAUUCGGAUACAAAGUAUUUUAAUCACGGAAAGAAUCUUGGGGCCAUCACAUAAAGAUGCAGUGUUUAAGUUAAUGUUCCGUGGAGCGUCUUAUUUGGAUGUAAUGCGUUAUCAACGCUGUAUAGAUUUGUGGAUUCGUGUGCUCGAAAUCCGCGUGGAGAAGGAUUCAAUUCUCUACCCGGAUACAUGCUUCACUGCGCAAGCGCUUGUCCGUUUAAUGGUCGACUACAACGAGAAGUACGACCCGGCCAUCGACGAAGAGUUCUCAUACGCGCAGCGUUUCGAAGAUUCAGUAAAAACAUUUGAGAUUCUCACAAAGGACAUUGCGCAAGCGCGUCAGUUGCUCAACGUACGGCCGCAGUACCGUCGACAAAUCGAAAGUUACGACCGAAUAUUAAAAAGUAUCACGCAUCUUAUCUAUCUAAUGAUUCGCUCAGCGACAAGCGAGCAGAUAACGAUAGUUCAGCGAUUGGUGACUGAUUUGGUACGUGUGAAUCCCAAAAGUGGUACUACCGAUGACAGUCUGUUGCAUUUGUGUGUGUCAAAGUUAAAUACAAUUCGUUCGGGUUAUUUCAGUGAAGAUGAACCAAUUGCUAUUUUUCCCAACCAAACAGUUAUUGAGUUUCUGCUUCGUUGCGGUGCGAGUGUGAACGCACGCAACGAAUCAAAAUCAACGCCGUUGCACGUCGCGACUGUUCCGUACAAUUACAACAAAUGGCUUGUGAAAUUACUAUUGCGACACGGUGCGCAUCUAGAUCAACCAAACAGUGCCGGCGAGUAUCCAGCGCAGAAAGUAAACCAAUCACCGUUUACCAUGGACCUGCGCCUGAUGAACUAUAUCACGCUCAAGUGCUUGUGUGCGACAGUCAUCUACAAGCAUCGCAUUCCGUACGUGGGGCAAGUGCCCAAAACGCUGGAGAGUUUUAUUCAAUUGCACGAGGCGUAGGAGCGAAAACAAGACUGCUUUAAAUGUGAUUUUCAGUUGUCUCGAUAUGAUUGACUGGAACUUUGAGUUGAGUGGAAGUUAAUUGUGAAUCAAUCAUUAUAGUACUUAAAUUUUAAUGUGUUAUCUCAUAAGUUGCGUAAAUGCUGUCGUAAACAGCGCGAGUAUAACGAAGAGUGAUGUGGCGUGGUUUACGCUAUAGCCAUGACUGCGUGUAUAUGAGUCGACGAUGCGAAUGCGCCAGCCCAUGUUCGCUUGCGUAAAUGAAUUAUAGUAGACUACGUCCGGCCAAGAGGUAUUUGGCGUGAUCUCCAAUGUUGCUGCCUGUCCCUCUUCGCACAUAUAUAUCAGGCUGCGGUUGUAUUUUUUGAAUGUGAUGAAAGUAUCGUCCAGUCGACGAUCGGCAGACUCGCGGUGUUUAGCUAGACAGAGCGGCCCGGCUGUAACUCGAAUAUUUUGCAAUACAUACACAUAACAUGUAA